AUGCGAGGUGGAGAGAUACAGAAGGCACGCACGGAUAAGAGGGAAUAUCGGAGGAUAGUUCUCAAGAAUUCGCUGGAGGUGUUGUUGAUCAGCGACCCUGAGACUGACAAGUGUGCUGCUUCGAUGAACGUUAGCGUCGGAUCGUUCUCGGACCCGGAAGGAUUGGAUGGGCUUGCUCACUUCCUCGAGCAUAUGCUAUUUUUUGCAAGUGAAAAGUACCCAGAGGAAGAUAGUUAUUCCAAGUACAUCGCUGAGCAUGGAGGGAGCACAAAUGCUUAUACAUCCAGUGAAGACACAAACUACCAUUUCGAUGUCAACACAGACUCUUUUGAUGAGGCUUUGGACAGGUUUGCGCAGUUCUUUAUCAAACCACUUAUGUCAGCUGACGCAACCAUGAGGGAGAUCAAGGCCGUUGACUCUGAGAAUCAGCAAAACUUGUUGUCUGAUUCUCGGCGUCUGCGCCAGUUACAGAAGCAUCUAAGUAGAGAUGACCAUCCAUAUCACAAAUUUAGCACAGGGAACAUGGAUACUCUUCUUGUUCGACCUGAAGCAAACGGAAUAGAUACAAGAAGUGAACUUCUUAAAUUCUAUGACGAGUACUAUUCUGCCAACAUCAUGCAUCUGGUUGUUUACGGCAAGGAAAACCUUGAUAAAAUUCAGGCCACAGUGGAAAAGAUCUUCCAGGAAAUCCGAAACACCAACAAAAGCAUCCCUAGGUUUCUUGGUCAGCCGUGUACUCUGGACCAUUUGCAGGUUCUUGUAAAGGUUGUUCCCAUAAAGCAGGGUCACGAGCUUAAUGUUACAUGGCCUGUAACUACUACCAUCCAUCAUUACGAAGAAGCACCAUGUUGUUACGUUGGGCAACAGGUUUGUAUGCUGGCGAAUCAGACUGGAAUAUGGAGUACUCUUUCUUCAAUGUUUGGAUUAACCUUACUGAUGCCGGCCAUGAUGGAGCAUAUGCAACAAGUUGUAGGGUUGUUGUAUAAAUUCAUUAAGCUUUUACAACAGUCUGGUGUUUCCCAGUGGAUUUUUGAUGAGCUUGCAGCUAUCUGUGAGGCAGAAUUUCAUUAUCAAUCCAAAACAGACCCAAUAUCUGAUGCAGAGGAGCAUUCAUCAAGCAUGACGAUAUACCCAAUUAAGCAUUGGCUGGUUGGAUCGUCACUGCCUUCAAAAUUCAAUCCAGCUCUUGUACAAAAGGUUUUAGACGAGCUUUCUCCCAAUAAUGUUCGAAUCUUUUGGAAAUCGAAUAAAUUUGAAGGGAAAACUGACAAGGUUGAGCCAUGGUAUAACACUGCAUAUUCUCUUGAGAAGAUAACCAAACUCACCAUUCAGGAAUGGGAACAGUCUGCACCUGAUGCAAACCUGCUUCUACCAACGCCUAAUGUCUUCAUUCCUACUGAUUUGUCAUUAAAGGAAAUUAAAGAUAAGGAAGUCUUCCCUGUUUUGUUGAGAGAGACAUCAUUCUCAAGAUUGUGGUAUAAGCCUGAUACAAAGUUCUUCAAACCAAAGGCAUAUGUUGUGAUGGAUUUCAACUGCCCACUUGCGGUCACCUCUCCCGACGCUGUGGUUCUUUCAAAUAUUUUUGUGGGGUUGCUGGUCGACUACUUGAAUGAAUAUGCUUAUUAUGCUCAGGCUGCUGGUCUUUACUAUGGAAUAAGUCUUUCGGACAAUGGUUUUCAGCUGACUCUUGUUGGCUUUAAUCACAAAUUGAGGAUCUUGCUGGAAGCUAUCAUUCAAAAGAUUGCAACAUUCCAAGUUAAACCUGACAGGUUUCUCGUUAUCAAGGAAAAAAAGACAAAGGCAUACCAAAACUGCAAAUUCCGACAACCAUAUCGUCAAGCAACGAGUUACUGUUCCUUGGUACUACAAGACCAAACUUGGCCUUGGACAGAGGAACUAGAUGCUCUUUCUCAUAUGGAAGCUCAAGACUUGGCGAAUUUCGUCCCAAUGCUGUUAUCAAGGACAUUUGUUGAGUGCUAUGUAGCAGGAAAUGUUGACAAGGAAGAAGCUGAGUCAAUGGUGAAGCAUAUUGAAGAUGUUCUUUUUAACGACCCAAAACCUAUUUGUCGUCCGUUAUUUCCUUCCCAGCUCCCGACCAAUAGGAUUGCAGAGCUCGGAACAGGAAUGAGAUACUUCUACCAUCAACAAGGCUCAAACCCAAAAGAUGAGAAUUCUGCUCUUGUGCAUUAUAUUCAGGUUCAUCAAGAUGAAUUUUCCAUGAACGUUAAACUUGAGCUUUUCUGUCUCAUCGCAAAGCAAGCCACAUUUUACCAGCUUAGAACGGUCGAGCAACUUGGUUACAUCACUUCACUAUCUCGGAGGAUUGAUUAUGGCGUCAAUGGGCUACAGUUCAUUAUCCAGUCUUCAGUUAAGGGUCCUGCACAUAUUGAUUCGAGGGUCGAGUCACUUCUCAAGGACCUUGAGAGUAAACUUUACAAGAUGAGCGAUGAAGAAUUCAAGAGCAAUGUAACAGCUUUGAUAGACAUGAAGCUUGAGAAACAUAAGAACUUGUCGGAGGAAUCUUGGUUUUACUGGAGCGCGAUUCAAAAAGGCACACUCAAAUUCAACCGCAUAGACGCAGAGGUGGAUGCACUGAGAGAGCUAAAGAAGGACGAACUGAUAGCUUUCUUUGACGAAUACAUAAAAGUUGGCGCACCAAAGAAGAGAUCUCUGAGCAUAUGUGUCUAUGGAAGCCAGCAUUUGAAUGAAAUGGCAUCGGACAAAGACCAAGUUGUGUCACCAUUCGUAGAAAUCCAAGACAUUGUCGGUUUCAGGAAGUCUCAGCCUCUUUACGGAUCGUUGAAAGGAUGUAGCCAGCUGAAACUUAAUCGAACGGCGAUGGCGCUUGGAAAGGAAAACGCGACGGCGGAUGAAGGUGAAGAGAUACUGAAGCCAGGCGCGGAUGAGAAAGAAUAUCGGAGGAUAGUUCUUGAGAAUUCGCUGGAGGUGUUGUUGAUCAGCGACCCAGAGACUGACAAGUGUGCUGCUUCGAUGAACGUUAGCGUCGGAUCGUUCUCUGACCCAGAAGGAAUGGACGGGCUUGCUCAUUUCCUCGAGCAUAUGCUAUUUUUUGCAAGUGAUAAGUACCCGGAGGAAGAUAGUUAUUCCAAGUACAUCGCUGAGCAUGGAGGAAGCACAAAUGCUCAUACAUCCAGUGAAGACACAAACUACCAUUUCGAUGUCAACACAGACUCUUUUGACGAGGCUUUGGACAGCAUGGAGGAAGCACAAAUGCUCAUACAUCCAGUGAAGACACAAACUACCAUUUCGAUGUCAACACAGACUCUUUUGACGAGGCUUUGGACAGAGAAUCAGAAAAACUUGUUGUCUGAUUCUUGCCGUCUGCGCCAGUUACAGAAACAUCUAAGUAGAGAUGACCAUCCGUAUCACAAAUUUAACACAGGGAACAUGGAUACUCUUCUUGUUCGACCUGAAGCAAACGGAAUAGAUACAAGAAGUGAACUUCUUAAAUUCUAUGACGAGUACUAUUCUGCCAACAUCAUGCAUCUGGUUCUUGUAAAGGCUGUUCCCAUAAUGCAGGGCCACGAGCUUAACGUUUCAUGGCCUGUAACUACUAGCAUCCAUCAUUAUGAAGAAGCACCAUCUUAUAACGUUAGGCAUUUAAUUAAUCAUGUAGCCGGAGGAAGUUGGGCAACCGAAUUGUAUGCUGGUGAAGCAGACUGGAAUAUGGAGUAUUCUUUCUUCAAUGUUUGGAUUAAACUUACUGAUGCCGGCCAUGAGCAUAUGCAACAAGUUGUAGGGUUGUUGUUCAGAUACAUUAAGCGUUUGCAACAGUCUGGUGUUUCCCAGUGGAUUUUUGAUGAGCUUGCAGCUAUCUGUGAGGCAGAAUUUCAUUAUCAAUCCAAAACAAUAUCUGAUGUAGUGGAGCAUUCAUCAAGCAUGACGAUAUACCCAAUUAAGCAUUGGCUGGUUCGAUCAUCACUGCCUUCAAAAUUUAAUCCAGCCAUUGUACAAAAGGUUUUAGAUGAGCUUUCUCCCAUUAAUGUUCGAAUAUUUUGGGAAUCAAAUACAUUUGAAGGCAAAACUGACGAGGUUGAGCCAUGGUACAACACUGCUUAUUCUCUUGAGAAGAUAACCAGAUUCACCAUUCAGGAGUGGGUGCAGUCUGCCCUCGAUGAAGUCUUCCCUGUUUUGUUGAGAGAGACACCAUUCUCAAGACUGUGGUACAAGCCUGACACAAAGUUCUUGAAACCAAAGGCAUGCGUUAUCAUGGAAUUCAACUGCCCACUUGCAGCCACCUCUCCUGACGCUCAAGUUCUUUCAGAAAUGUUUGUUUGGUUGCUGGCCGACUAUUUGAAUGAACAUGCUUAUUAUGCUCUUGCUGCUGGUCUUCACUAUGGAUUAAACCUUUCGGGCAGUGGUUUUGAGCUGGCUUUUGUUGGCUUUAAUCACAAAUUGAGGAUCUUGCUAGAAGCUUUCAUUCAAAGGAUUGCAACAUUCCAAGUUAAACCUGACAGGUUUCUCGUUAUCAAGGAGACGGUCACAAGGGGAUACAAAAAUUUCAACUGCGAUAAACCCUAUGAGCAAGCAAUGUCAUACUGCUCAGUGGUAUUACGCGAUCAGGCCUGGCAUUGGAAAGAAAACCUAGAUGCUCUUUCUCAUAUGGAAGCUGGAGACUUGGAGAAUUUCGUUCCGAUGAUGCUAUCCAGGACAUUUGUUAAGUGCUAUAUAACAGGAAAUGUUGACAAGGAAGAAGCUGAGUCCAUGGUGAAGCAUAUUGAAGAUGUUCUUUUUAACGACCCAAAACCUAUUUCUCGUCCGUUAUCUCCUUCUCAGCUCCCGGCCAAGAGGAUUGCAGAGCUUGGAAAAGGAACGAGAUACUUCUACCAUCAACAAGGCUUAAACCCAAAAGAUGAGAAUUCUGCUCUUGUGCACUAUAUUCAGGUUCAUCAAGAUGAAUUUUCCAUGAACGUUAAACUUGAGCUUUUCUGUCUCAUCGCAAAGCAAGCCACAUUUUACCAGCUUAGAACGGUCGAGCAACUUGGUUACAUCACUUCACUAUCUCGGAGGAUUGAUUCUGGCGUCUAUGGUGUACAGUUCAUUAUUCAGUCUUCAGUUAAGGGUCCUGCACAUAUUGAUUCGAGGGUCGAGUCACUUGUAAAGGACCUUGAGAGUAAACUUUACAAGAUGAGCGAUCAAGAAUUCAAGAGCAAUGUAACAGCUUUGAUAGACGUAAAGCUUGAGAAACAUAAGACCUUGACGGAGGAAAAUAGUUAUUACUGGGGAGAGAUUCAAGACGGCACACUCAAAUUCAACCGCAUAGACGCAGAGGUUGCUGCAUUGAGAGAGCUAAAGAAGGAAGAACUGAUAGACUUCUUUGACGAAUACAUAAAAGUUGGCGCACCAAAAAAGAGAUCGCUGAGCAUAUGCGUCUAUGGAAGCCAGCAUUUGAAUGAAAUGGCAUCGGACAAAGACAAAGUUGUGUCACCACUCGUAGAAAUCCAAGACAUUGUUGGUUUCAGAAAGUCUCAGCCUCUUUACGGAUCGUUGAGAGGAUGUAGCCAGCUGAAACUAGAGCCAAGACUCAGCGAAGAAGACUCAACUACUAAAACGGAGAUGGCGGUUGGGAAGAAAAACGCGGCGGAGACGGCGGAUGAAGGUGAAGAGAUACUGAAGGCACGCACGGAUAAGAGAGAAUAUCGGAGGAUAGUUCUCAAGAAUUCGCUGGAGGUGUUGUUGAUCAGCGACCCUGAGACUGACAAGUGUGCUGCUUCGAUGAACGUUAGCGUCGGAUCGUUCUCGAAUCCAGAAGGAUUGGAUGGGCUUGCUCAUUUCCUUGAGCAUAUGUUGUUUUAUGCAAGUGAAAAAUACCCGGAGGAAGAUAGUUACUCCAAGUACAUCGCUGAGCAUGGAGGGAGCACAAAUGCUUAUACAUCCAGUGAAGACACAAACUACCAUUUCGACAUCAACACAGACUCUUUCGAUGAGGCUUUGGACAGGUUCGCCCAGUUCUUUAUCAAACCACUUAUGUCAGCUGAUGCAACCAUGAGGGAGAUCAAGGCCGUUGACUCUGAGAAUCAGAAAAACUUGUUGUCUGAUUCUUGGCGUCUACGCCAGUUACAGAAGCAUCUAAGUAGAGAAGACCAUCCAUAUCACAAAUUUAGCACAGGGAACAUGGAUACUCUUCAUGUACGACCUGAAGCAAGAGGAAUAGAUACAAGGAGUGAACUGAUUAAAUUCUAUGACCAACACUAUUCUGCCAACAUCAUGCAUCUUGUUGUUUAUGGCAAAGAAAAUCUUGAUAAAACUCAAGGUCUAGUGGAAGAGUUGUUCCAAGAAAUUCGAAACACCAACAAGUGUAUCCCUAGAUUUCCUGGUCAGCCGUGUACUCCAGACCACUUACAGGUUCUUGUGAAGGUUGUUCCCAUAAGGCAGGGUCAUGCGCUUACUGUUUCAUGGCCCGUAACUCCUAGUAUCCUUCAUUAUCAAGAAGCACCGUGCAGGUACCUUAGUCAUCUAAUUGGUCAUGAAGGCAAAGGAAGAUGGGCAACGGGACUGAGUGCUGGCGAAGCUGGCCAGAAUAUGGAAUAUUCUUUCUUCAAUGUUUCCAUUGAUCUUACUGAUGAUGGCCAUGAGCAUAUGGAAGAUGUUUUAGGGUUGUUGUUCAGACACAUUAAGCUUUUACAACAGUCUGGUGUUUACCAGUGGAUUUUCGAUGAGAUCUCAGCUGUCUCUGAGUCAAAUUUUCAUUAUCAAUCCAAAACACACCCAAUUUCUUAUGCAACGGGUAUUUCACCAAAAAUGAAGACAUACCCGACCAAGCAUUGGCUGGUUAGAUCGUCACUGCCUUCGAAAUUUAAUCCAGCUCUUGUACAAAAGGUUUUAGAUGAGCUUUCUCCCAGUAAUGUUCGAAUCUUUUGGGAAUCAAAUAAAUUUGAAGGGAAAACUGACAAGGUUGAGCCAUGGUAUAACACUGCAUAUUCUCUUGAGAAGAUAACCAAACUCACCAUUCAGGAAUGGGAACAGUCUGCACCUGAUGCAAACCUGCUUCUACCAACGCCUAAUGUCUUCAUUCCUACUGAUUUGUCAUUAAAGGAAAUUAAAGAUAAGGAAGUCUUCCCUGUUUUGUUGAGAGAGACAUCAUUCUCAAGAUUGUGGUAUAAGCCUGAUACAAAGUUCUUCAAACCGAAAGCAUAUGUUAAGAUGGAUUUCAACUGCCCACUUGCGGUCACCUCUCCCGACGCUGUGGUUCUUUCAAAUAUUUUUGUGCCGUUGCUGGUCGACUACUUGAAUGAAUAUGCUUAUUAUGCUCAGACUGCUGGUCUUUACUAUGGAAUAAGUCUUUCAGACAAUGGUUUUCAGCUGACUCUUGUUGGCUUUAAUCACAAAUUGAGGAUCUUGCUGGAAGCUAUCAUUCAAAAGAUUGCAACAUUCCAAGUUAAACCUGACAGGUUUCUCGUGAUCAAGGAAAUAAACACCAAGGCAUACCAAAACUGCAAAUUCCGACAACCAUAUCGUCAAGCAACGAGUUACUGCUCAUUGGUACUACAAGAUCAAACUUGGCCUUGGACAGAAAAACUAGAUGCUCUUUCUCAUAUGGAAGCUGGAGACUUGGAGAAUUUCGUUCCAAUGCUGUUAUCAAGGACAUUUGUUGAGUGCUAUGUAGCAGGAAAUGUUGACAAGGAAGAAGCUGAGUCAAUGGUGAAGCAUAUUGAAGAUGUUCUUUUUAACGACCCAAAACCUAUUUCUCGUCCGUUAUUUCCUUCCCAGCUCCCGACCAAGAGGAUUGCAGAGCUUGGAGCAGGAACGAGAUACUUCUACCAUCAAGAAGGCUCAAACCCAAAAGAUGAGAAUUCUGCUCUUGUGCACUAUAUUCAGGUUCAUCAAGAUGAAUUUUCCAUGAACGUUAAACUUGAGCUUUUCUGUCUCAUCGCAAAGCAAGCCACAUUUUACCAGCUUAGAACGGUCGAGCAACUUGGUUACAUCACUUCACUUUCUCGGAGGAUUGAUUCUGGCGUCUAUGGUGUACAGUUCAUUAUCCAGUCUUCAGUUAAGGGUCCUGCACAUAUUGAUUCGAGGGUCGAGUCACUUCUCAAGGACCUUGAGAGUAAACUUUACAAGAUGAGCGAUCAAGAAUUCAAGAGCAAUGUAACAGCUUUGAUAGACAUGAAGCUUGAGAAACAUAAGAACUUGUCGGAGGAAUCUUGGUUUUACUGGGGAGAGAUUAAAAACGGCACACUCAAAUUCAACCGCAUAGACGCAGAGGUUGCUGCACUGAGAGAGCUAAAGAAGGAAGAACUGAUAGAUUUCUUUGGCAAAUACAUAAAAAUGUACGCACCAAAAAAGAGAUCGCUGAGCAUAUGCGUCUAUGGAAGCCAGCAUAUGAAUGAAAUGGCAUCGGACAAAGACAAAGUUGUGUCACCGUUCGUAGAAAUCCAAGACAUUGUGGGUUUCAGAAAGUCUCAACCUCUUUACGGAUCGUUGAAAGGAUGUAGCCAGCUGAAACUAAAUUUUAUCAUCGAAAAUACUUUUAAAACACCCUCUUCUCUUUGUUACUUACGUAUAAUUCUUGUGAAGGCUGUUCCUAUAAAGCAAAGUCAUAAGCUGAGGAUUUUUUGGCCUAUAACUCCUAGCAUCCACCAUAAUGAAGAAGCACCAUGCAGGUACCUUAGUCAUCUAAUUGGUCAUGAAGGAGAAGGAAGUUUGUUUCAUGCCUUAAAAACCUUGGGUUGGGCAACGAAACUGUUUGCUUCUGAAGCAGAAUGGACUAUUGAGUACUCAUUUUUCAAGGUUUCGAUUGAUCUUUCUGAUACUGGUCAUGAGCAUAUGCAACAAGUUGUAGGGUUGUUGUUCAGAUACAUUAAGCUUUCACAACAGUCUGGUGUUUCCCAGUGGAUUUUUGAUGAGCUCUCAUCUAUCUGUGAGACAAAGUUUCAUUAUCAGGACAAGACACAGCCAAUUUCUUAUGCCGUGGAUAUUGCAUCAAAUAUGCAGAUAUAUCCGACCAAGGACUGGCUGGUUGGAUCAUCAUUGCUUUCAAAAUUCAAUCCAGCUAUUGUAAAAAAGGUUCUAGAUGAGCUUUGUCCUACUAAUGUUCGAAUCUUUUGGGAAUCAAAGAAAUUUGAAGGACAGACUGACAAGGUUGAACCAUGGUAUAACACUGCUUAUUCUCUUGAGAAGAUUAACAAAUUCACCAUUCAGAAAGCAGGUCUUUACUACGGACUGAGACUAUCAGACAAUGCUCUCUCUUUCUGGAUUCAAUCACAAAUUGAGGAUUUUGCUAGAAGCUGUCAUUCAAAUGAUUGCGAAAUUCCAAGAAACGUUGGGAAUAGUGAAGCCGAGUCAAUGGUGAAAUAUAUUGAAGAUGCUCUUUGUAACGACACAAAACCCAUUUGCAGACCGCUUUUUCCUUCCCAGCACCUGACAAAAAGGGUUGUAAAACUUCAGAAAGGAAAUAAAUACUUAUACAGUCAAAAAGGAUCAAACCCUAAUGAUGAAAACUCUGCCCUGCUGCAUUAUAUUCAGGUUCAUCAAGAUGAAUUUUCCAUGAACGUUAAACUUGAGCUUUUCGCUCUUAUUGCAAAGCAAGCCACUUUUCACCAGCUUAGAACGGUCGAGCAACUUGGCUACAUCACUUCACUUUCUCAGAGGAAUGAUUCUGGCGUCUAUGGUUUACAGUUCAUUAUCCAGUCCUCCGUUAAGGGUCCUGCACAUAUUGAUUCAAGGGUCGAGUCACUACUCAAGGACCUGGAGAGUAAACUCUACGAGAUGAGCGAUGAGGAAUUCAAGAGCAACGUGACAGCUUUAAUAGACAUGAAGCUUGAAAAACACAAGAACUUGAACGAGGAAUCUUUGUUUUACUGGCGAGAGAUUCAAAACGGGACACUCAAGUUCAACCGCAGAGAUGCAGAGGUUGCUGCACUGAGAGAGCUAAAGAAGGAAGAACUGGUAGACUUCUUUGACGAAUACAUAAAAGUUGGCGCACCCAAAAAGAAAUCUCUGAGCAUAUGUGUCUAUGGAAGCCAGCAUUUGAAGGAAAUGGCAUCGGACAAAGACAAAGUUGCGUCACCAUUCAUAGAAAUCCAAGAGAUUGUUGGUUUCAGAAAGUCUCAGCCUCUUUACGGAACUUUGAAAGGAUGUAGACAGCUGAAACUGUGAGGAGGUCCCAAACUCUUCACAAGGAUAUAUGUAUACACAAAGACUCAUAUACCAGAAAAGAUGUUUGUAUAUCAGUGUAUGUGUCUCUCUAUUCAUCUGAUCAAUUGUAA